CGACGUCCAAGCCAAGCUCUUGGACAAUUUUGCCCUUCGCGUGCAUCUGCAAACCAAGCUUUGGGGCACAAAUUCCCCCCUCGCGAUCUCUCCGAAUCCUGAAAUCCGGCAUCAUCUGUUCAAACACAGGUGGGAAAAAGAGUGCAUACAAUGCGUAUUGAGAAAGGAAAUCGAGGUGGUCCGACGAUCAUAUAUCUUUCGAGUGUUACAUAUUCUCGCUACAGAGCUUCCUGAAAACCCUAAGAAAAACUACGAAGUGAAUCUUCGGCGCUAAAAGGCUCACUCACGUUCUGACCUACGCAUCACCAGCAAUGGCGGAGUUUAAGAAGUUGAUUAUCGCCGUUGAAGGGACUGCGGCCAUGGGCCCCUUCUGGCGUACCAUCCUCUCUGAUUAUAUCGAGAAGAUUGUCAGGUCUUUCUAUGCUAACGAGAUAACAGGACAGAAGCUCUCCACACCAAUUGCUGAGUUCUCAUUGGUCUCAUUUAAUACUCAUGGACCUUAUUGUGCUUGCUUAGUACAACGGAGUGGGUGGACAAGAAAUGUUGAUACCUUCUUACAAUGGCUAUCAGCUCUACCCUUUAGUGGUGGUGGUUUUAAUGACGCUGCAAUUGCAGAGGGACUUUCAGAAGCUCUAAUGAUGUUCCCUAUUCCUCCAAGUGGAACUCAAGCUCAACAAACCAUAGAAUGUCAAAGGCAUUGCAUUCUUGUUGCUGCAAGUAACCCUUACCCUUUGCCUACACCAGUUUAUAGGCCGCAAUUGCAAAAUUUGGAACAGGGUGAGAAUAUUGAAGCACAAACGGAAAGUCGUUUAUCUGAUGCUGAGACACUUGCUAAAUCAUUUGCCCAGUGCUCUGUGUCACUUUCUGUCAUCUGCCCGAAACAGCUUCCAAAACUUAGAGCAAUCUACAAUGCAGGAAAGUGCAACCAACGCACUCCAGAUCCUCCAGUUGACAGUGCUAAAAAUCCUCAUUUUCUAGUUCUAAUGUCGGAGAAUUUCAUGGAGGCUCGUGCUGCUUUAAGUCGUCCUGGAGUAACAAAUUUGGCUUCUAACCAAAGUCCCUUGAAGAUGGAUAUAGCUUCUGUUAAUACAGUGACAGGAGCACCUCCAACUUCAAUUCCAGCAGUGAAUGGAUCGGUCAUGAACAGGCAAACAAUUUCUGGUGGAAAUGUUGCUACUGCCACUGUUAAAGUUGAGCCGAUCUCUAUCACUUCCAUGGGAAGUCAACCUACAUGUCCACAAAUUCCGACCGUUGCCCGCCCUGCUUCGCAAGGUGUCCCAAGCUUGCAAACUUCGUCACCAUCUUCUGCUUCUCAUGACAUUAUCACAAAUGGCGAGAAUGUGCAAGAAGUAAAACCUAUUGUCAGUGGAAUGCCACAGUCCCUCCGUCCUGUACAUCCUGCUGCUGCAAAUGUGAGCAUUCUGAACAAUCUCUCUCAAGCACGAGUGAUGAACUCUGCAGCUCUAACUGGAGGCACUUCUAUUGGACUCCCAUCCAUGGGUCAAACUCCUGUUGCCAUGCAUAUGUCAAACAUGAUAUCCAGUGGAAUGGCAUCUUCGAUGCCAGCUGCUCAAACUGCUUUUUCUUCUGGGCAAUCAGCCAUCACUUCAGUAACAGGGACAGGGGCUCUUGCAGCAACUUCACAAGGUCCACAGAACUCAGGUCUUGGUUCAUUAACUUCUGCAACUUCUAAUAUGCCUGGAAAUUCAAACCCUGGGAGCUCACAACCAAUGGGAAAUCUUCAAGGAGGCAUUAGUGUGGGACAGUCCGUGCCUGGCAUGAGCCAAGGAAAUAUUUCAGGAGGACAAAUUGUGCAAAGUGGUAUUAGCUUGAAUCAGAGCAUGAUGGGGGGUCUUGGUCCAUCAGGUGUCUCUUCUGGAACUGGCAUGAUGAUUCCUACGCCGGGAAUGACUCAACAAGGACAACCGGGGACCCAGCAACUUGUUGCAAGCAACAAUUCAGCAGUUAGUAUGCCAUUGUCACAACAGACAUCAAGUGCCUUGCAGUCCGGCGAGGCUGCACAAUCAAAAUAUAUUAAAGUCUGGGAGGGAAACUUGUCUGGGCAGAGGCAAGGGCAACCAGUAUUUAUCACCAGACUUGAAGGCUACAGAAGUUUUUCGGCUGCUGAGAAUCUUGCAGCUAACUGGCCACCAACGAUGCAGAUAGUUAGGCUCAUAUCUCAGGACCACAUGAAUAACAAGCAAUAUGUUGGAAAGGCUGAUUUUCUGGUAUUUCGGGCAUUGAAUCAGCAUGGGUUUCUUGCCCAGCUGCAGGAAAAGAAACUUUGUGCAGUCAUCCAAUUACCAUCACAAACGUUGCUGCUAUCUAUUUCUGACAAAGCCUUCCGCUUGAUUGGAAUGCUCUUUCCUGGGGAUAUGGUUGUGUUUAGGCCACAGAUACCCAGUCAGCAGCAACAAUUGCAACAGCAAAUGCAAUCACAGCAGCAUCCGCAGCUACAACAGCAACAGCUUUCUCAAAUGCAACAGCAGCAUCCGCAGCUACAACAGCAACAGCAACAGCUUUCUCAACUGCAGCAGCAACAGCUUAACCAAAUGCCACAACAGCAGCAGCAGCAGCAGCAGCCGCUCCAUCAGUUGCAACAACAUCAGCAGCUUCCACAACAGCAACAAAUGGUUGGGACAGGAAUGGGUCAAUCUCAUGUUCAAGGUUCAGGACGGUCACAGUUGGUUUCCCAGGGACAGGUUUCAUCACAAGGACCACCUAAUAACGUCCCUGGAGGUGGGUUUAUGAGUUGAAUAGAACUCCCUUCAAUCGUAAACACAAUGUAUCACUAACGCAAGGAAAUGAGUUCUAGGCAUAUUGAUGGUCACUGUUAUAAGACUCAGAGAAUUAUAGAACCUACGGGACCCUGCGUAUGGCGUGUGUAGACACCCUGCUUUCUGUUUCGGAAUGUAAGAUUCGCCCAUGAAUACCACAAGCGUGAUAAAAGCAUAUA